AUGUACACCCUUGGUUGGGCUGUAGGUCUCACCGUUGUGCUAGCUGGCCAGGCUUCGUCGGGUAUGAAUAUCGAACGUCGCAGCGCCAACACUUCACCAGUAGAUCCGUUGUUGCGUGGUGUUCGGCGGGCCCUCAUCGCUGCCACCGUCGACAAGAGGGAUCCACUGUUCUCGAAUAGCACCUCUCUUGACAAAAGCUUCGACGGAGCCGUGUUGUUUUCCUUUGAACAAGAUGCCUCUCAGGGGAAUCUGACCGAGAGCAUCAGUGUGGAGAUUACUUGUACGGCAUGCUACAUUACAGGCACUGCCACAGUGCAGUUCACGAUUGAUAAUAACUUCAAUGCCAGCCAGGCAUUUCAUCAGUUUCUGGACAGCUUUGAGAGCGAGGUCGACAACAUCACGUCUCAGGCCAUCACCGGCAUUGAGAACUAUGUAAAAACGGAGGCCCAAGACAUCCUCAGUCUGGACUUUCAAGAUAUUUCAUAUCCUACCAUCCCCCUCAACUUUACCCUAGACAUCCCGCCCAUACCCCAGUGUCAUUUAAAGUUCCAGUUUGAUGGCCUUGAGCUGUAUAUGCUGCUUGAUACAACCCUUUCCGUGGGAGCCACCUACACGCUGAACCUGUUCACGUCAAAAGAUCCAAUCGGUAUUGCCAUUGGUGAGAACCUGUUGUUAGGUGUCGUAUUCGCGAUCGACCUGAUCCUUGAUGUCAACGCGGAGAUCGACAUCCGCAGCGGGUUCCACAUCAAACUCGACGAUGGAGCUGCCCUUGAUAUCAACAUGUUCAACACGGAUGUCGCAAAUAUCGCCCUCAAGGGUGGCCACUUCGAGUUCCUGCCAGUGAGGGUCAGCAACGCGGGUGCUACGUUCAGUGCCAUCCUCCGCCUCAGCAUCCACGCUGGACUCGAAACAGGAGAGCGCGGUUUAACUGUCGACGGACAUACGUUUGGGAACUUCAGCACUGGUAUCGAGGUGGGCGUCUUCAUCAAUGUCGCCGAGUUCAUCACCAACGUCACCACGCCAACAGUCAGUGACAGCAAUAGUAGCUGUGAGAUCCAGGUCAUGGAGGAGUACCGGUUCGCUGUCGGUGCAGAGGCAGGCGCAACGCUAGCCGUCGACAAACACUCGUGGGGCCCCAGUCCGGAGACGACGAUUCCCAUCUGGUACACCACGCUGGAGGCGUGCGCGGCGCAGACCACACCGUCAACGACAAGUGUCGGUGCCGGUGUGACGGCUAGAGCGGCGCGGAGGCAGAACGACCUGACCACCACCACAAUCAGCACGGCAGUCACCUACACCGGGGUGGAAUGUCAGUCUUCGGGUCUCGUUAACUGCCCAGUUUCCCUGCAAUCGACGUCCACCUUCUCAAUCACCAGCACGCUGGUUACAGCGGUUGCCUCCGGCUCCACCGCCACGUUCCCGGCCACAGUGCAGAAUACCGUUCUCACCACUAUCCCCUUCGGGUUGAAUGCCCAGACCAUGACAGCGACAUCUGGCAGCCCUGUGUCGUACACCCCGCAGGCGACGCAUGGUUCAGUGAAUGGCAGCGGCAGAGAUGACGUUGGUGGACUGUCCGAAGAGGACAAGAGAAUCGCCAUCGGUGUGAGUGUCGGCGUAGGGGUUCCAGUGUUGAUAGCCAUCGCUGCUGGAUGCUAG